AGAAUCAUAUCUUCUAAUUGGCACAUAUCUGAUAACCACCAAUAGCCAUCUGUAACAAACCCUACACCAAUCGCCAUUGUUGUUCUUCUCCUUUCUUCAGUUCUUCUUCAUAAUCUCGUUCUUAAUAGCAAUGGCUUCUUCUCCUGCGUUCUCAGUGGUUUCCUUUUCAUCUGUUAACACUGAACUAUCAGUUACUAGACCAAAUUUGGUUCCAGUAAACCCUAGGCUUCAAUUUCGUCGAAUUUGUGAUCUUCGAGUUCGCAAUUUCAGAUCCAGUGCUAGUCGGAACGUUGUUAAUGCUUCGGUGUCGUUUCCGGCUCAGGAGGUGUCGCCGUCGCAGCGCCGGCCGGAUGAACUCGCUGCUUCUAUUUUCUCGAAGGUCACACAAACAGAUCGUGGAGUUAGUCUGACAAAGGAACAACACCUGCAAGUAGCUGAAUUAACAAGUGAAUUGAGUAAAUACUGUAUAGAUUCGCCUGUAACAUGCCCUCUGAUUUUUGGAGAAUGGGAUGUGGUGUAUUGUUCAAAUCCUACAUCACCUGGAGGCGGUUUCAGGAGUGGAUUCGGACGCCUUAUUUUCAAAACAAAUGAAAUGAUUCAGGUUGUUGAAGCUCCUGAUAUUGUGAGAAACAAAGUGUCUUUCUCUGCUCUUGGUUUCCUUGAUGGUCAAGUCUCCUUGAAAGGAAAACUGAUAGUUCUAGAUGAGAAAUGGAUUAAGGUGGUGUUUGAGCCACCCCAACUUAAGCUUGGAUCAGUAGAGUUCCAGUUUGGUGGUGAGAGUGAGGUGCAGCUCGAGAUUACAUAUAUCGAUGAUAAGUUAAGGUUAGGGAAGGGGUCUCGAGGCUCGGUGUUUGUUUUCCAAAGGCGAAAACCGAUUGUGUAACCAGACCAAUUUUAUGGUUCGUGUAUGUUGUAAGUGAUAUUGUAUAUAACAAUGAUAGAAUGAAAUGUUCAUCUUGUUUGAUUAUA